AUGGCGGACACGCCCAAUUCCGACGAGUCGGAGCACCGGGCCAAGGUCCUCGAGGAGGCCGGCUUCAUUUCCCGAGAUGCCCCACCCCGGCGCCGAUCCCGCAAGAUCCUCUUCAUUUCCAUCGCCGCCGCCGUCGUCCUCGUACUCGGUCUGGCACUCGGACUCGGCCUGGGUCUCGGUCUCAAGGACCACGGCGGCCGCGGGGAUGACAACGAGCCCUCCAACCCGAGCCCCACCGAACCGCCGGUGACCCCCAACGGCACCGUCUGGCAGCCCGCCGUCGGCACCAAAUGGCAGAUCAUCCUCAACUCGGUCCUCGACGUGCCCGCCGCCAACGCCAAGACAUCGCAGACCCUAGCCCCCGACGUGCCCGUCUGGGACUUUGACAUGUUCAUCCACCGCGACACCGACGUCAUCGCCAACCUGCACUCCCUCGGCAAGCGCGCCAUCUGCUACUUCUCUGCGGGUUCCUACGAGCCCUACACGCCCGACAACGGCUCCUUCGUCGAUGCCGACCUGGGCAAGACGAUGGACGGCUGGCCCGACGAGAAGUGGCUGGACAUCCGCCGCACCUCGGUCCGCAACAUCAUGACCAAGCGCCUGGACAUUGCCGCCGCCAUGAAGUGCGACGCCGUCGACCCCGACAACGUGGACGGCUACCAGAACGACAACGGCCUGGGUCUGACCCAGCAGGACACCAUUGACUUUGUCCGCUUCCUGGGCAAGGAGGCCUCCAAGCGCGGCAUGGCCAUGGGUCUCAAGAACGCCGGCGGCAUCAUUGAUAACGUCCUCGACGUUGUUCAGUUCUCGGUCAACGAGCAGUGCGCUCAGUAUAACGAGUGCGACGUCUUUGAAAAGUUCACGGCGGCCGGCAAGCCCGUGUUCCAUAUCGAGUACCCCAGUGGCGCGCCAAAGUCUGUCAAGCCCAAGGAUAGCCAGAAGGCGUGCGGCGCGGCGGGCGCGGAUAAGUUCAGUACUGUGUUGAAGAACAUGGAUCUGAAUGCGUGGGUUGAGUAUUGCGAUGGACAGGUUGCGGAGACCAAGGUCGCGAGUUCCCCCGAUGAUGACUGA